AAAAACAGCUCGUCACGCAUUUCCGCUUUCCUCCAUGAAAACUAAGGCUCCUUACCUACCUUAUUUAGCUGAUACGAACGGUGUUCAAGGUCGCUGUUGGUCAUCAUAAGCGAAAACGCAAGCCGGGAAUAGCGGAAAAAAUGAAGAAGACAGGCAGAGCCUUUGGAUUUGGGAAGAGACCGAUCGAUGGACAUUCCCACAAGCCUGAACCAGCAAAUCGUCAUGAGAAUAGGUCUGACAGUUACACUGAGCAUGACAGUCGUGAAGUCAAACGAAAACGUCUCCGCAAAGCGCGUGAAGAUGUGAUUUCUGGUAUUGAGAGCAAUAUACAGGAAAGCAUUGAACGGCAUGGACAAGCCAGUAAAAAAGUCGAUAAAUUCCAAGCGGAUUUCAACGAGAUGGAGAACAAGGUUUACUGCCUUGAUGGACAUAUAAAAGCUUGCGAACGGCAGAUAGAAUCGAUAGAAACGGGACUGGAUUGUCAGGCCUUAAUUCAAGUUGACACGACUAAUGAAUUUUUAAAAUUUGAACGGCAAAGACUUCGUGCAAUUCAAUCUGAAAAGAAAGCGCUUCAACAAGAAGUAAUAGUGGCAGGCAAAAAGCUGCAAGAUAUGACAGAAUUGUGCAAUAUUGUUUUUACCACACCAUAUGUGCCAACAAAGGUGUAUGCAGCCGUCAGAGGAAAAAAAUUAAAUGCUACUUCUUGUGUCCAGCAGACUGUCGAUGCCCUUGGCGAUUUGAUUAAAGAAGAGGAACAGAUCAAGCAAAAAAUCGGAGAUGAUCCAUGCACAGACUUUGCAACAAUAGAUGAAACAGAUAUAAUUGCAAACUUGAAAACUGGCCGAGAAGAUCCGAUCGUAAGAAAGCAAUUGCUUGAGGAACUAAAGAUACAGGCACAACAGGAAAUGACGAGUCUGAAGACGGCAAAAGAGCAAAUAUCAGAUGAUUUGUCCAAAGCCAAAAAGAAAGCGAGUGAAGUCCGCGAGGAAAGAGAAGGGUUCGAGAAAAAUAUGGGAGAUCUGCAGCGGAUGGACAGGGAACAGCACGCACAGACUAUGAUAUUGAUCCAGGGCAGUCUGAUAGACGAAGAAGUGAAGGAACUGAAAGUAUCUCUUUACCAAUUGAAACAAAUUACACGAAAUAUGACGCAGCGGCACUCGAUAGGCUUCACGGAUAUUUGGGAUUAUUUAGAAAGCCGAAAUCUUAUUUCUGUUGGUGAUUACUAUGUACUUCGAAAGUCUCUUUUUAUGAGGGGCAAGAAAGAAUUGGUUUCGAGCAUCGAAGAGAUGGAAGACAAACUGCUCGCUAAAUACGACGACGAGAAAGAGAACACCUUAAGCCAGCCAUCUAAUGAACCAGAUGCACCUGCGGAGCUGUUGCAAAACUUCUCUCAAACGGUCGAUAGAAAUGUUAAGGACAAGGUAUAUGACCAGCCUGGUGGUCCCUGCAGAUACCUCCAGGACGUUAUGGUGUUGAUAAAGGUAUAUCUGCAGAAUUUAUCAACGAAUGAAAAAACAGAGUUCUGAGGCUCUCUACGCCUAUGUGGAUCACAAACUGAAAUCUCAAGACAUUGAUUUCAUGGUCAUAGAAGACGAAAAUACGUCUGAUCUCAAAAGUGCAAAGAUAAAAUCAGCGAACUUCGGGGAAAAAUCGAGCAAUUGGAAAGAGAUAAACAGGAUGUGAUAACGGCAAAGGACAAUUUGAGAAGCACACACGAGCAGGAGAAAGAUAAAAUGAAUCAGGAGUUGGCACUUGCAAAGGCUGAGAUAGAGACCGAGAGACAGAAGGUUCAUAGCCUAGAAAAAGAAAAGCAAGCUGCUGUCGACACCAACGCAAAAACUACAGAAGAGGCCAAAGUCGAAUUCAACAAGCUACGUGCCGAGAAGGAAAACACGUAUCAGAUGUACAAAGGGCUUCUUGAAAACAUCGAUGGGACCAGACGUGCAAUAAGAGGUGAAAACAAACAGAUGGAACUAAAGAAGGACGAGUGCCGUGCCGAAGAAGUCGAAGAGUACAGAAAAAUGCUGUGGAAGAUGCGAGAAAACUACGAGCAAGUACUGUGGAGGCUUGAUGAUUUCAAUUCUAGGCUUGAGGUCAUUGAGGAUUGCAGAAGAUGAUUCACGCGCUUAAGCUCGAGCAGGGGUUGUUCGAUCUUGAGAAAGAAUGCACAAUAAAUUUGGCCGAGUGGGAUCAAGAACGUAGCACACUGAAGUACGACUUGGUUGAAGCAAAUAUAGACAAAACAAAUUGCAGAAUUUCAACUCAAUAUCCUUGAAAAGAAACUGCAGUACUACAAGACAGAGUAAAAGUUAACAAAACGAUCAGAGCAGUCGUCGGAUACUAGAAAUGAAUUCACCAAUUUUUUUAGCAAUAUCUAUGAAGGUUAAAAUUGAGCCAUGUCUAAAUAUAUAGUCCUCAUAUAUGCCACUUCGAAAAGCAACUGUUUUUGUAAAUAAGAUGUAAAAUAGUAAUGACGACUAGUGCAUGGAUCAUAUCUGUAUCAAUUAUAAAGUUCGUAUAGUCAAAUUGUCUUCAAGUUUGUGUUUGAUUUGUAUUAUAGAAAAAGUCAUAUAAAACUGUACCACUUAUUGUGAAAUACUGUGAGUCGGUAUUAAGUAAAUAUUUCACGUCCAUGCAUAAAGUAUUGGAAAUUAUUUGUCAGGUAAAAAGUUGUGAUACUCCAGUGUGUGUUCUGUGCAUUCUGUUUGUCGGAUGAACUAUUUGCGGAUAAACUCACUCGUUUGUUUUCUGAAAACAACAUACUAAAUGAUCGAUUACGCACAGCAGCCUGACUUUUCAUUUAUUUUAUAAUUGAACUCCGAUGGUUACUUGUCGGUAUUUCUCAUGACUUCUUAAGUUGCAGUGCCGUAUGGACCGUGUUCUUGAUCAUCCUAUACCGUGCGCUGUCAGUAACUGCAGCCAACACACCGACGAUCUGCGCCUUCGAAGAACUCCGGUGUCAGGCGAACAACGACUUUGAUAUAAUGGACUUUUACACGGACAGUUGGAUGAAAAAGCAGCUAUUUCACUCAACCCCUUAUCGAUGAGUUAUAAGCAUUCCGAUAGGUCAGUAUUUUGGUCAUUUUCGGAAGAAGAAACUGCACUCGCAUCUCUCUUGCAAAGCAGUGUCCGCACAUGGCUUAGAAUGAGCAUGCACUAACUCGAGUGAACGUCCGUCAUAUCACCGGAACCGAGUUUUAAAGAAGAAAAACGCGUGCAAAUACUCGGGUCAGACUUACCACAUUCGAAUUAGUUCGAAUACGUGACGUCACCAUAGCCUCAGAUCGCUGUUGUGAAAAUCGGAGCAAAAAAUUGCUUCAAAAGCAUCGAAAUGAUUAGAAUUUUGAAAAUCCGUUUGCGAUGAUGAAUGGAUCGAAUUUAGUUUGAUGGUAUUCGGGUGAUUGAUUUUGGGUUUAUUUCGCCGUUUUGCUGGACUGCUUCAAUAAAUAUAGAAAAUAAAGUUCCUUUGGUCCCUCCAAAGGUUUUUUCUUUGUUUUGGUGGAUAAUUCCUGGCAGUUCGAUUGUGCAAGCAGUGCUAAAAAUGUGCGCAUUAUUUUUCUGUGGCCCCUUGAAAAUUAACAGGCGACCCCUCUGAUGUCAGUCCUGUUACGGACACAUACCAA